UUUUUUUUUUUGUGAAAAGAAAAAGGCGAAGUAAAAAGCUUUCUCAUCUCCCCCCACAUCGGGCAAACCCUCUCAAUAUUUCCCGCCCUAUAAAACCCUAAUUCGUGUGAUUCUCUGGGAUUUCCAUCCCCGCUUAUUUUUCCCUUUCCCGGUAAAUAUCGCAUUUUCCCAGCAUCCAAACGCUCAAUUCCGUUCAUUAGGAAAAUCUACAGUUUCUUCAUAACCAAUCUGAUAAUGGCAGUGCUAAAUUGGAAGCACCACGUGCUCAUUCAAUCGUUGCUAGAACGUGGCCCUCUAACUGAAAAGGAGUUCCACACCAUCUUCACUGGCAUCACUGGUCAUAACCCAGGUACCCAUCAAGGGAAAUUUAAUGAUUAUCUUCUCAAGAUAAACAGGGAACUUUCUUAUGUUCAAUUGGAUUUAAGGGCUUGUAGAGAUCAAUAUGAUGGCCAAGUUUAUUAUGGGGUUGUUAAUAAUGUCUCCGAUGAACAAUCGAAGCUUGGAACCAAAUAUUCUGUCCCACAAAUUGCUUUCUUUAAGGCCAUUGUUGAGGCAAUAGCACAAGAUGUUACAGCACAGGGUAGCAUCUCCAACAUUGAUGCUCUCAAUAUUAAAUUGGAGAACCAGGUUCUAAACAGUUUAGGGUCACAAUCUCAGGAUGGUUCACCUACCAUCCCUGCUGCGUUUAGGAAUUUCACAAUGUCUCAGAAGGAAAAAACUCUUGAUCAACUUGUGCAGGACAAGUGGCUUUGUUACACUGAAGAUGAUAAUAUUGGAGUUGGUGUCAGGUCCAUUCUUGAUCUGCGCAGUUGGUUCCAUAAUGCCGAGGUUCCUUCAUGCGAAGUGUGCAAUGAAGCUGGAUUGAAGGCCAAAUUGUGCCCAAAUGAAGGUUGUAUAGUUCGAAUUCAUCAGUACUGCCUAAACAAGAGAUUUUCUCAGAGGGGUGUGAUAGUUUGUCCAAGUUGUGAUACUCAGUGGCAAUAUCAACCACCCAAGGCAGAACCCCUUGAACUAGAGGAUGAAGCAACGGGGCCCAUGCAAAGCCAGCCACCUACCAAAUUAACUCAGAACCAGCCAUCUCUAAGAUCCAGGAGAAAGAGGCAAAGAGUCAGCCAAAAUGAUGAUGCAGAAACUGUCGGAUGUAGUUCUCAGGCUUCACAACCUAGUUCUGAUAUGAGAAGAGUAACUCGGAGUUCUACACAUCUAAGGUAAAUGAUUUUAUGUAGAAGGGGAAACUAGAUGAUGAUUACUGUAUCUUUUUCUGUAAAACUAACUUAUGUUCAUGUUGUAUUGGGGAUUGGUUCUGAUUAUUCAACAAGAUAUGGCGUAAAAUCAGAUGUUUUUGAGAAGAGGUAUAUUCCAGUUGACUUGUAAUAUUGGGUAUUGCUUCUAUUCUAAAUAUUACCUGCUUUUGAGUUUUAAAUAUAUGGAUGUUCCCCAGGCACUUCACAUACCAUUCAUAUCAGUUCUAUUUGGAUUCAGAUUAUGUUAAGGACAUUAUUUUAUCAUUUGGCCAUUUCUGAUUGGUCAUUAUAAGCUGACUUCAUCAAUUUUUUAUUUGGAAUCUCUUUCUGUUUCUUACAUCAAUCGAUAAUUUCCAUGGAAACUUAUUCCCUGUCCAUGAUCAGUUUAUCAAUUAAAAAAACCAAUAUUACAAUAUGUAAUGGAGUACAUUAUAAUCAUACAUUUUUUUUUUUCCCUUACUGCAUGAACUGAUUCAAGUCGUGACAUCCAUGAGACCAUGACCAACACUUGAGCUUAUAAAAACGAAAUUCUAUUUCCAAAAUAUUUCACUUUCUUGAAAUGAUUCUUCUAAACAUGAGUUUACAAUUUAUAAAAUGCUGAAUUUUAAUUUAACUGAUAAAAAUUUUGAUUGCCUUAGCUACUAUUAAUUGACGUAAUUAGAGAAUUGUAUUAAUAUAAUGAUUUAAUAAAUAAUAAGACAUGAAUAUUUUAAUCUUAUUCGUAAAGUUUAAAAUUUUAAAUUUAAAAAUUACACC